GAAGGGUUGGAAGAGUAGCAGGAUGAAUGGAGUCAAGUUGGCUGUCUUGGGUGGAGAAGGGACCGGCAAAUCAGCCCUGACAGUAAGAUUCCUGACCAAGAGAUUCAUCGGGGAAUAUGCUUCUAAUUUCGAAUCUAUCUACAAAAAGCAUCUGUGUUUGGAAGGGAAGCCAUUAAGUUUGGAAAUAUAUGACCCUUGCACUCAACCUCUCAAAGCAAAAUUCUCCCUCACCAGUGAGCUGCACUGGGCAGAUGGUUUUGUCGUCGUCUAUGACAUUAGUGACAGAUCUUCAUUUGCUUUGGCAAAAACCCUGCUGUAUAGGAUCCGGGAGCCAACGGCUACCCACGGCAAAAGAGCCGUGGAAGCAGCGGUGUUCCUCGUGGGUAACAAGCAGGACUUGUGCCACAUCCGCAAGGUGGGCUGGGAUGAGGGCCAGAGGCUGGCCUGCGAGUACCGAUGCCAGUUCUGCGAGCUAUCUGCAGCAGAGCAGAGCCUGGAGGUUGAGAUGAUGUUUCUCAGAGCCAUCAAGGACGUGUUGGGCAAUGUCAAGCUCAAGGAGAAGAGAAGGCCCAGUGGAUCGCGGUCCAUGGCCAAACUGAUCAAUAAUGUGUUUGGAAAGAGAAGGAAAUCUGUUUAGUAGACUCGGUGCAGUCCCAGCUGAUUUGUUGUAUGAGCAAGUCGCAAAACACUCACCAGUUAGCUAAGCCCACUCUGUGCCUGCACUUUUCUUUGUUUUGUUUUGUGUAGGA